UGACGCACACUGAGAAAAAAGGAAAGCAAAGGGAUCAGGCGGUAGAAAUGGAGAGCGAAAAUGUUGAAGAGACAUGGCGUGGCAACAAGACAACAUAAGGGGAUAUCUGUCCACCGAAAGGUGUUCUCUGAAUAACAAAGUCAAGGUUGAGGAGUCGAGCUAACGCUAACUGUCUGGAGGAUUUUGCUUUGGCUUUUGCUUUUGGUCUUACCUCGUAAUCAUUGCGCACUCAACGUUUGUGUUGGUCUGUAUCUGCAGAGAGAAGUCUGUGGCGGAGAACCCAGUCUGACAGAAUAAAAGGGAGCUCAGUAUGAGUCGAGAUGCAUGGACAAAGAAGAGAGCCAAUGACAGUGAUGACAAUGGUUGGGCUGAAAGGGGCGGCUAUAUGGCGGCAAAGGUUUCUAAGCUGGAGGAGCAGUUCAAACUUGAUGCCCCCAGAGAGAAACAAAAGGAUGGCUCAUGCUCCAAUAUUUUUAUCGGUGUGGCCAUCUAUGUCAAUGGGUACACAGAGCCAAGUGCAGAUGAGCUACGCAGACUAAUGAUGCUGCAUGGUGGCCAGUUCCACAUGUACUACUCUCGCUGCAAGACCACCCACAUCAUUACCAAUAACUUGCCCAACAGCAAAAUUCAGGAGCUCAAAGGGGAAAAGAUCAUCAGGCCAGAGUGGAUCACCGACAGUAUCAACGCUGGGCGUCUCCUGCCGUACUUCCAGUACCAGCUGUACACUAAACAGAAAGGCCCACUCUUCCCUGGCACAACUCUGCGUCAGACGUCAGAGAUCGCAGGACCCAGCCAUGGGCUGCUUCAGCCGAGCGUCCAUCAAAAGCUUCAUCUGCCACAGGGCAGCAGUCAGCACUCUGUAGUCCACCAUGAGCAGUCCACAUCCUACUCUAUCCCUAACCCCAGCCACAGUGGACUUCACCAAGGCAAUGUCCAACCUCAGUCCAUCCAGCAAAGUUCUAGAGUUUGCUUCAUUAACCAACAACCAAGUCACUUAGCAUCUACUUACCUCAAUACAGAUCCCAGCCACAGAAGCCCUUUGCACACCCACCUGCAGUCUAACCCAAGCCCCACAAAGCACCCACAUAAGCCCCAACAGUCUACUGUUCAAACAGCUCCUUCUAAUCUUCAAAAUCAAAGAGCUAGUCGACCACAACCUCAGAACAACUCUUCUUGCAACAGUGCCCAGAGUGGCUGCAAAGAAGUGGAAUUAAAAAUAAGCAGAUUAUUACAGACCUCAUUGAAUGUGAUGAGCCAUUCCAAAAUGAAUGAAGUACAAGAUUGUGGCAAAGGAAAUCCUCUCCCGCAUGUGGUGAAGGAAGCCCAUCUGACAAAUGGACACACUCACCUCGUUAAUGGUGCCUUAAAGCCAGAGGACCUGUCUCCUGUUACAGAUGAACCCAGAGUCAAGAGUUCAGAUGAUAAACCUCACAGUCCUCCAGUACAGUUUCAGAGCAACCCUGACCCUUAUGAGUUUCCCCAUAGUCCUCCAAAACAAAAUGACCAGUCUCCUGUCUUUCUAAAGCAAUCCAGUGUACAUGGAGCCAAUGAGCAGAGACCUAAACCUCCACCACCCACCUACCAGGAGGCUAUAAAAGCCAGUGAAAGCCACCUUCUCCCAAAACAGGUCCAGCAAUCCCGUCAGGUUGAUUUGAAUCUGGAAAAGCCUUCACAUGUUCCAAUUCGACUGAACGGAAGUGACCAUAAUGCCUUUUCGUCUGACCCGGCCUCGCUUAACACAACCAACGUAACAGCCAAACCGGAUCCUCCCACUGAAAAGGCUUUCUCACCAUCUAAGUCAUCAGCUCAGCUGCUGGCACAGACAGGCGGUUUGAUCUCUGAGUUCUACUCUCACUCACGUUUACAUCAGAUCUCCACAUGGAGGUCCAGCUUUUCUGAGUAUGUCAAUGAACUGCACGGGAAGCGAAAAGCAGAGGGAGGGGCCUCCUUUCCUGGGAAAGACCGACUGAGGAAAUCUGUGGCCCAGCGUACAACGGACAGUCAAGGAACGUCGGCACCCACAAGUGUUAAAUCUUGUAUUCUUCAUGUGGACAUGGACUGUUUCUUUGUGUCCGUGGGGAUCCGACAUCGACCAGAGCUCAGAGGGAAGCCUAUAGCUGUGACCAGUAACCGUGGACAGGGCAGAGUGCCCCUGAGGCCCGGGGCCCAGCCUCAGCUGGAGCAGCAGUACUACCAGAGGAAACAUACUCAUCCUCAACCUGAAAGUGCAGAUGAGGAUCUACACAGAAGUCCUUCACAAGAGAGUCCUGACUCCCAUGCCAACGUAGUGGACCAGGCUGCUGCCACUCUCUCAAUGGCAGAGAUUGCAUCCUGCAGUUAUGAAGCUAGGCAAGCUGGUGUGAGAAACGGGAUGUUUUUUGGCAAAGCAAAACAGCUGUGUCCCUCACUGCAGUCUGUCCCAUAUGAUUUUGAGGCCUAUAAAGAGGUGGCUCUCACCAUGUAUGAGACUCUGGCUGGUUACACCCAUGACAUUGAGGCUCUAAGCUGUGACGAAGUGUUGAUUGACGGCUCUGCUCUGCUAACUGAGUUGGGCAUCAACCCGGAAGAUCUGGCUAGUGCAAUCAGAGCAGACAUCAAGGAGAAAACUGAAUGCUGUGCUUCAGUGGGCAUGGGGUCCAACAUUCUGUUGGCUCGGUUGGCGACCCGUAAGGCCAAGCCAGAUGGCCAGUACUUCUUAAAGUCUGAAGAAGUGGAUGAUUUUAUCAGAGACCUGCCAGUGACCAGCUUACCAGGUGUUGGGCCUGUUAUGGGCAGAAAACUGGCUGCUAUGGGUGUGAGGUCAUGUGGGGACCUCCAACAGGUAUCUCUGUCUCAGCUGCAAAAGAAGUUUGGACCCCGGACCGGACAGACCCUGUUCCGCUUUUGCAGGGGGCUAGACGACCGACCUGUCCGCUACGAGAAGGAAAGGAAGUCCGUCUCAGCUGAGAUGAACUACAACAUUCGAUUUGCCACGGUGGAUGAGGCAGAGUCUUUCAUGACUAACUUGUCCAUGGAGGUCCAAAAACGUUUACAAGAAGCAGGGCUGCGGGGACGCAGAGUUACCCUUAAGGUCAUGGUUCGCAAGGUUGGAGCGCCGCUCGAAUCGGCUAAAUACGGCGGUCAUGGCAUAUGUGAUAGCUUAGCCAGGACUGUGAUGCUCGCUCAAUCCACUGACAGUGGUCAGCUGAUAGCCGCUGCAGUCAUCAAGCUGUUUCACGCCAUGAAGUUGCAGAUUCUGGACAUGAGAGGAGUUGGCAUCCAGGUUCAGCUUCUUGAGGGACAUCACUCUGUCCCCCAGGACUCUUCGGGCCCCAGGACACGCUCCAUCAAAGAAAUGUUGCUAUGCCAGGGAAGUGCGAGAUCCAGUCACAAAGGUUUGUGUAAAGUCUUUGUGUUUCAGUUUAUAUAUUGGUUGUUGUCUGUGAAAUCAAUUGAGCUCAGAAUCAAUAUUACAGAUGCUGCUGACAACACACAUCAGGAAAGGACUUCCUCAACCACAGGCCCAUCAUCUCACUCCUCUCCAGGUCCUCUGUCCUCUCCCGAGCCAGUCCCAGGGACGAGCAGAGACCAGCAGGCAUGCAGACAAACUCCAAAACAUUCUCGAGCCCGUCUCAACUUUAGUAUUGAGGUCCCCUCCCCUUCACAGGUGGAUCAUUCAGUGUUGGCGGCGUUGCCUGCAGAUCUGAGAGAACAAGUGGAACAGUCGUGGACUAAUUGGGAUGGGAGAGCAAGUAACCAUCGGUCACCCAGUCCACGGCCCUCUGCUCCUCCUCCACAGCCUCCAUCUCUAAAGUCUCAUCCUACUUCCCCACUUUGUCCUCCAGUCUCUGGUCCUGCACUCUACACUCCACCUAUUGGCACAUUGCUCCUACAGAUUCCAAACCAGCCAGACAGUCCGGGAAUUGUACUGGAACUACCAAACUUCUCACAGGUUGAUCCGGACGUAUUUGCUGCCCUUCCCAAAGAGCUCCAGGAUGAACUUAAGUCUGCCUACAACCGCGUAACAAAUGUCCAGCCCCAGGCAAAAAUAUCAGUGGAGCAGAAUAAUCCACUGUUGCAGCUAAAACAGUCAGGACUUGGAGUCGGCAUUGGUCGGGUGAAGCGGCGCUACAAGAGAAAAAAUGCUGUGAGCCCUGUUAAAAAAGGUCUUUCCCCUCUAAAAAGGCAUCACACAACCAACAGCCCAGCCAAAACCCUACCACAUUCUAUAAAAGCACGGGAAACAGUAAAUGUAGUAAAGACUGAAAACUGUCCCUCUACAUCGACCUCAAAACAAGACAUCCCAGAGUCUCUGUCCAAAUUCAUUCCUCGCCCUUCUCCAGUGUUGGCAGGAGCCUAUGACCUAACGGACAUUAAAACACUCCUACGGGAAUGGGUCACUACCAUAACAGAACCCAUGGAGGAGGACAUCCUGCAGGUGGUAAAAUACUGCACUGAUCUGAUUGAGGAUAAAGAUCUGGAGAAGUUGGAUUUGAUUAUAAAAUAUAUGAAAAGGCUCAUGCAGCAGUCGGUAGAGUCUGUUUGGAGUAUGGCUUUCGACUUCAUCCUAGACAACGUGCAGGUGGUUGUGCAGCAGGCUUAUGGUAGCACCCUGAAAGUAGUAUGAAGAAGGAGGGGCUACUAUUAUCUCUGUGUGUUACCAUUACACCAAGACUUUUGAUUUUGCUACUUUCACAGGGUCAUCCGCAAUACGAAUUAUGACGUCUAAAUUAGGGUUAGUUAGUGUUACAAGAGCCAUGACAGUAUUUAAUGAGAUUUUGUACAGUUCAUUAUUUUUUGUACAAAGUGAAACUGAGACAAACUGAAAGGCAGAAAUGUCCUUAGAAUCUACUCACCAAAACUCAGAACGAUGAUAAGCGUAGCAGCUUUUUUUAAAUAUCAUUUUUCAAAUGGAGUUCUUUUCUAAAUAAACAUAUGUGAAAUUUUAUACAAAUUAAAACAUUUUGCAGGCAGUGCUUAACUAUUUGUAAUACAAGCCAGGCCUUAUAAGAUUUUUAAUUUUCUCCUGAUGCGCGUUUUUCAUCUGAAAUAGCAGUUAACGUCUCCUAUGUGUUCUUAAGGUUUAAAAUACGCAGGCACGUGUUGAGAUUUUUUUUUCUCCAUGUAUGCAGUUAAAUCAGUCUCGGUUUAAAAUAAUGACAACACAUCCAUAAUGUAUAAACGUAAAGCACCUUUUGGAGAUUUUGGUAUCAGUUAGACUUGUAGCACACCUCAGACAUUUGACAGCCAGACUUAUGAUAAUAUCAGAAAUGGUAGGAUUAAAAUGCCUUGUUUUUCAUCAGUGUUUCUUUGGUGCUCCAUGCCACUUGUACUGACGUGAACUCUCUACUAAUGCUGUCACAAAAAAAA